UCUCGAUGCCUCCUCAAACCACAUCCGGUUCGGCAGUUAGGGUUCCGGCGACCAAGGCGGUGGAGGAUGCGGCCGUUGGGGAGGGCGACCAUGCCGCAGUGACCACGCCGCCGCCGCCGCCUCCCACCUGUCCCAUCUGUUUCGAGCCCUGGACCUGCAGCGGCGGACACCGCAUCUGUUGCAUUCCUUGUGGACAUGUGUACGGCAGGUCAUGUCUAGAGAGGUGGCUCCAUCGUUGCGGCGAUGACAGUGCGAAGUGCCCACAGUGUGGCGAACAAUUUGAACGCGACCUUAUUACCAACCUCUACGCCCCAGGAAAUUUGUGGGAUGGCUGUUGUCGUUUACAGGAAGUGAAAGCACAUUGCGAGUCUGAGCUUCGCGAGGUGGUGGCACGUUCAAUAUCUAUGGUGCAAGAUGUGGAGGCGAGAUCUAAAUCCAGGUACGAUAAACUGAGGGCGGAGUUUCUCGAAAAAUCUGCUAGUAUGGUGGCAGAAAGCGAGAAGAUGCAAGCAGAAUUUCAAGACAAUAUGAGUGCAGAAACAGAGGCUCUCCGAGCUGGCUUGGUGCAGAAGGUGUAUGAGAUGGUGGCAACUUGGAGAGAAGAAAUGGCGACUAACCUGAUGAGAAUGAAGGUGCAGAUGAAGAAGAUGGCUGAAGAAGACAAUGCGACGGCAACAGAUGUGAUAGAAUUCAUGGAGCGGAGUUUCCCUCAACUGUCACUGAUUUCCACCCUGAGUGCAUUUGCUCCGGCACCUGCUCCUGCUCCUGCGCCUGUGGAUUCUGAUAACACAAGGCCAGGCUGCAAUCACCCUGAUGAGCUGCCACUCUCCCUGACACUGCCUGGUCCUGGCGGUGCCGUGAAGAGAAGGCGGGGUUGAGGGACCUGAUACCCGUUCCCUGAAUCUGCUGAUGCUGAUGGACAGACUCGUAACUCCGUGCCUUGUUGUGCUAGCUAUGCCAUGUUGCAUGUCCUAUGUAUAUACCCUCCCUGCUAGCUACGGAGUAGUUUGCAAAUCAUUUGUCAUCGUCGACCAAUCGUAAGGAACUAAUUAACAAUAUGCAGCAGGCCUACUACUUAUAAUAUCUAUCUCACACUAUCAAACAGUGCUAUAUAUAUUUGCUGCUCGACUUUCUUUUA